CAACGAGAAAGACCACCUCCCUGUCGUCGGAGCUGAAAAACAGAAGGGUCGCAGGCUUAGCGUAACUGAGGACAGACGACUGGGGGUUCGGAAGAUAUGCAUCCGUCAAGAAUGGGCCGAGCCUUUGCGUAGAGGCGCGCCCGGGCCCCGUCGUUUCCCACCGGACGUGGAAAUCGGAGGAAGCUCCGGGGAUCGGGAUGCGGCUCGCCGGGAUGUUCCCUCGGUGAGGCGGCGAUCGGCGCGUCCCCGAUUCUCUCCCUCCCCACCUGGCUUUUGAGGCGGGAGAACGGCUGAAGGAAGGCAAGAGAAAACCGGGUUGAUGCAGAGGAGUGCUCGGCUGGGAUCUCAGAACAUGGGCCCUCGUUUAAAGCUCUGAUCCUCGGCUCUCCGUCUUCACUGCAGGGACCUGAUGUUUUACGUUAUUGGUGGCAUCACAGUGUCUGCGGUCGCCUUCUUCUUCACGAUUAAGUUCCUCUUCGAACUCGCCGCGCGCGUAGUCAGCUUCCUCCAGAAUGACGACCGGGAGCGCCAGGGGGACCGGACCAUUUAUGACUACGUGCGGGGCAAUUACCUGGACCCCCGGUCCUGCCAAGUCUCCUGGGAUUGGAAGGAGCCCUUUGAGGUGGGCCGCAGCAUGGCCUUCAAAGUGCAUUUGUUCUAUAAGAACGGUCAGCCCUUCCCCGCCCAGCGGCCCGUGGGGCUCCGUGUGCACAUCUCGCACGUGGAACUAGCCGUGGAUAUUCCAGUCACCCAGGAAGUGCUCCAGGAGCCCGGCUCCAACGUGAUCAAGGUGGCCUUCACCGUGCGCAGAGCCGGGCGCUACGAAAUCUCCGUGAAACUUGGUGGAUUAAACGUGGCCUACAGCCCCUACCACAAAGUCUUUCAGCCAGGGAUGGUGGUUCCUUCCAAGACGAAAAUCGUGUGCCACUUCUCGACCCUCGUGCUGACCAUCGGGCAGCAGCACACUCUGCAGGUCGUCCCCCGGGACGAGUACGACAAUCCCACCAGCAACUCCGUGUCCCUCAUAGACGAGCACAAUUACAGCUUAACGAUCCACGAGCUCGGUCCCCAGGAAGAGGAAAGCCCCGGAGCCUGGUUUGAGACGUCGGUGACGUCCAACCGGCAGACGUGCCAGGUGUUCGUGCGGCUCACUGUGCACCGCCAGGGCUGCUUCCAGGCCUGCAUCUGCUACCGCAACCAGCCCAUCAGCAACGGCAAGUUCGACAUCAUCGUCCUAAGCGAGAACGAGAAGAGCAUCGUGGAACGCAACGUGUCCACCUCGGGCGUCAGCAUCUACUUCGAGGCUUAUCUCUAUAAUGCCACCAACUGUGCCAGCACCCAGUGGCACCUGCCCCCUAUGCACAUGAGCUCUUCGCAGCGCCGCCCUUCCACCGCCACGGAGGAGGAGGAGGAGGACUCUCCCUCGGACAGCCAGACCCCGGAGAAAGUCAAGAAACCCAAAAAAGUGUAUUGCUACGUAUCUCCCAAGCAAUUCUCCGUGAAGGAAUUCUACCUGAAGAUCAUCCCUUGGCGUCUCUACACCUUCCGAGUGUGUCCGGGGACGAAGUUUUCCUACCACGGACCCGACCCUGUGCAUAAGCUGCUGACAUUGGUGGUCGACGAUGGGAUUCAACCCCCGGUGGAGCUCAGCUGCAAGGAAAGGAAUAUCUUAGCAGCCACUUUCAUUCGCUCCCUCCAUAAAAACAUAGGAGGCUCCGAGACCUUCCAGGACAAGGUGAACUUCUUCCAUCGCGAGCUACGGCAGGUCCACAUGAAGAGACCUCACUCCAAGGUCACGCUGAAGGUCAGCCGAUACUCCCUGUUGGACUCGUCUCUGAAAGCCACUCGGAAUUUCUCCAUCUCCGACUGGAGCAAAAACUUUGAAGUGAUUUUCCAAGACGAGGAAGCUCUCGACUGGGGAGGGCCUCGCCGGGAGUGGUUCGAGCUAAUCUGCAAAGCCCUGUUUGACACCACCAAUCAGCUCUUCACCCGCUUCAGUGAUAACAACCAGGCUUUGGUGCAUCCCAACCCCAACCGCCCUUCCCACCUCCGGCUGAAGGUCUACGAGUUUGCGGGCCGGCUCGUGGGCAAGUGCCUCUAUGAGUCGUCCCUGGGAGGUGCUUACAAGCAGCUGGUGCGGGCCCGCUUCACCCGUUCCUUCCUGGCCCAAAUGAUAGGCCUGCGAAUGCACUAUAAGUAUUUUGAGACCGACGACCCCGAAUUCUAUAAAUCCAAAGUCUGCUUCAUCCUGAACAACGACAUGAGCGAGAUCGAGCUGGUUUUCGCGGAGGAAAAAUACAACAGAUCAGGCCAGCUGGAUAAGGUUAUAGAGCUCAUGGCCGGUGGGGCGCAGACCCCCGUCACCAACGAGAACAAGAUCUUUUAUCUAAAUCUGCUUGCCCAGUACCGGCUGGCCAGCCAGGUGAAAGAGGAAGUGGAACACUUCUUGAAAGGCCUCAAUGAGUUGAUCCCCGAAAACCUCUUGGCUAUUUUCGACGAGAAUGAGCUGGAGCUACUGAUGUGCGGUACGGGAGACAUCAGCGUCUCGGACUUCAAGACGCACGCAGUGGUGGUGGGAGGCUCCUGGCAUUUCCGCGAGAAGGUGAUGCGGUGGUUCUGGACGGUGGUCUCCAGUUUCACCCAAGAGGAGCUGGCCCGGCUGCUGCAGUUCACCACCGGCUCGUCGCAGCUGCCCCCCGGGGGCUUCGCCGCCCUCUGCCCUUCGUUCCAGAUCAUCGCGGCCCCCACCCACAGCACGCUGCCCACGGCACACACCUGUUUUAACCAGCUGUGCCUCCCUACGUACGACUCGUACGAAGAGGUUCACAAGAUGCUGCAGCUGGCCAUCAGCGAGGGCUGCGAGGGCUUCGGCAUGCUCUGACACCCCCUCCUCUCCGUCCUCCCGCUGCCCAGUCCCACCCCUCUCCCCCUCCCCCUCGCCCACGGCUGCCCCUGAGGGGUAGUAUGC